AUGAACAAGACGUUAAUAAUUUUUAUUGUUACAUAUUUACAAGUAGUACUUUUAAGUGCUACUUCAUUAUCAGCAGUUACUACUAAAUACAAAUCAAAAUAUGACAAUCCAAUACAUUUACCAAAUUUUAUCGGCGAAGAUGAUACCAGUAACAGUAAUGGUGAAAAUAACGAUGUACAAGAACGAGACAAAAAUGUUCUUAGCCAUGCAAUGAUUCCACCACAUCCAAAUUUAUUCUUACUACAAAAAGACAAUAUUAAAAAUAAACAACAUCAACAGUUUUAUCGUCAAUCAUUGAAACGAUAUGUCCCCCAUGCAUUUCAUGCCAUGCGUGGAAAACGAACAAUUUCUUCGUAUUUGAAGAGUUAA